ACACAAAAAACGAAAUACAUUACUACUCUGUUUCCUUCUCCCUGUUUUGAAGCAGAGUCCUCUGUUUUUUUAUUUCCCUUUCCAAAACACAAACAAAAAAUGCAUUAUCAACUUUCUUUCACCUUCAUUGCUCCUCUUCUUUCCCUACUCUUAUUCUUUCUCAUAUUCUCCUCAAGCCAAGCUCAGCGCCCACCUUCUCCUGGGUACAACCCAAGUUCAAAAUUUGGUUCAAUUACUUUUGAUCAAGGCUUUAGGAACCUUUGGGGUUCUAAGCAUCAAAGUCUUAACCAAGACUCAUUGACCAUCUGGCUUGAUAGUAACUCAGGAAGUGGUUUCAAGUCACUACAUCCAUUUCGAUCCGGGUACUUUAGUACUGCUGUGAAACUCCAACCUGGUUAUACUGCUGGAGUUAUCACUUCGUUUUAUCUUUCUAACAACGAAGACCAUCCUGGAAACCAUGACGAAAUUGAUAUUGAGUUCUUAGGGACAACCCCAGAUAAGCCGUACACGUUACAGACCAAUGUUUACAUAAGAGGAAGUGGAGAUGGAAACAUAAUAGGGAGAGAGAUGAAGUUUCAUCUCUGGUUUGAUCCUACCCAAGAUUUCCAUAACUAUGCCAUACUAUGGGACCCUAGUGAAAUCAUAUUCUUCGUGGACGAUGUACCAAUAAGAAGGUACCGAAGAAAGAGCGAUGCAACAUUCCCAGUGAGGCCCAUGUGGGUAUACGGGUCAAUAUGGGAUGCAUCCUCAUGGGCCACUGAGGAUGGCAAAUACAAAGCUGAUUACAAGUACCAACCAUUUGUUGGUAAGUACAAGGAUUUCAAGCUCGCUGGGUGCAAAUCAGAUGGGCCAACUUCAUGCCGCUCACCCUCGGUCACACCCUCCGGCUCUACUGGCCUAACCUCUCAACAAUCCUCAUCCUUGGCCUGGGUUCAGACCAAUUACUUGGUUUAUGACUACUGCCAUGACCCCAAGAGGGACCAUACACAAACACCCGAGUGUUAAAACUUGAGACUUAAAGAUCCAGUUAAUUAACUUGGCUUGAAUUGGUUUUUGUCAUUGGUGUGUGUGGUCCAAUCCAAAGUGUGCUUUGCCUCGUUUUAUUGUUUUUUUACACUGUAAUUUGUAAUUUGGGAUUGAAAGAAAGAGAUUUGUACAAGUGUGACUGUGUGAGAGAUUUGGAGAGUCUUGAGAUGGGUCCCCUUGCUAAAAAUAGUUGCAGGAGUAGUUGAUCGUCCGAGGCCCCCCAACUAUAUAUGAUUUGCAAAUGAUCGUUGGCCUUAUUUUAUUGUAUUGUAACCAUGUUUUUGUUUGUUAUUGUUGAAAAACACAUCAAGUUUUUUUUUUAUUUAAAAAAUAAAUAAACUACCAGAUUAAAUCUCUUA